AUGGACCUUGUGGGGGCAGCAGACCCCUCAGCGCCCCCAGGCCCUUUGACUCACCUGAGCCUGCUGGACAACUCAGAGGCGCGGCCGCUGAGCGGAGCCGACGGGCGGAGCCUCCCGGGCAGUUGGAGCAGGUCAUCCCCUGAGCGCGCCACAGUCCUAAGGGAAGACGUACGCCGGUGCCUGCAGCAGCAGUGCGGGCAGACCGUGCGGAUCCUUCACGCCAAGGUGGCCCAGAAAUCAUACGGAAAUGAGAAGCGGUUCUUCUGCCCCCCGCCCUGUGUCUACCUCACAGGUCCCGGCUGGAGGGUGAAGCCAGUGCAGGGCCAAGGGGAGACGGGGUCCACGGUCUGCGGUUACAUGGGACUGGACGGCGCAUCUGGCAGCGCCGCCGAGACGCAGAAGUUAAAUUUCGAGGAGCAGCCGGACUCCAGGGAAUUCGGUUGCGCCAAGACCCUAUACAUCUCAGAUGCAGACAAAAGGAAGCAUUUCCGGCUGGUGCUGCGGCUUGUGCUACGAGGAGGCCGGGAGCUGGGCACCUUCCACAGCCGCCUUAUCAAGGUCAUCUCGAAGCCCUCUCAGAAGAAGCAGUCGCUGAAAAACACCGACCUGUGCAUAUCCUCGGGCUCCAAGGUCUCCCUCUUCAACCGCCUGCGCUCCCAGACGGUCUCCACGCGCUACCUCUCUGUGGAGGACGGGGCCUUCGUGGCCAGCGCACGCCAGUGGGCUGCCUUCACUCUCCACCUGGCUGAUGACCACUGUUCUCAGGGAGACUUCCCACCUCGAGAGGGCUACAUCCGCUAUGGCUCCCUGGUGCAGCUCGUCUGCACCGUCACGGGCAUCACACUACCUCCUAUGAUCAUCCGCAAAGUAACCAAACAGUGUGCUCUCCUCGACGUAGACGAGCCCAUCUCCCAACUGCACAAGUGUGCCUUUCAGUUUCCAGGUGGUCCUUCCGGAGGCGGUGGCACCUACUUAUGUCUCGCCACAGAGAAGGUGGUGCAGUUCCAGGCCUCCCCCUGCCCUAAGGAGGCGAACAGGGCGCUGCUCAACGACAGCUCUUGCUGGACCAUUAUCGGGACGGAGUCGGUGGAAUUCUCCUUCAGCACCAGCCUGGCGUGUACCCGGGAGCCGGUCACUCCGGUGCCCCUCAUCCGCACCCUCGAGCUGAGUGGCGGGGGCGACGUGGCCACGCUGGAGCUUCACGGAGAGAACUUCCACGCGGAGCUCAAGGUGUGGUUCGGGGACGUGGAGGCCGAAACCAUGUACAGGAGCCCGCGGUCCCUGGUGUGCGUGGUGCCCGACGUGGCCACCUUCAGCAGCGACUGGCGCUGGCUGCGCACGCCCAUCACGGUGGCGGUGAGCCUGGUGCGCGCCGACGGCCUCUUCUACCCCAGCGCGUUCUCCUUCACCUACACCCCGGAAUACAGCGCGCGUCCGGGCCCCUCGGGCGUCGCGGAGCCCGCCACCGACCCCGACGCCGACGCCGACGCCGACACGCUCCUCGAAAGCAUCCACCACGAGUUCACGCGCACCAACUUCCACCUCUUCAUCCAGACUUAG